GUUGAGAUCUCUGAACACAGCAAGAUCGCUAAGAAGACUUCCAGUACGAGAGGAGGACUCGGCUGCUGCCUGCUGCCUGCUUACUGGGAAGCAGACGCUAGAAAACCAGACACCAGUCCAGCUCAGCCACAAAUCCACGUCCGGGAGCCCACUGGCUGACUGACCGGCAGACUGGUUGGGUCUUCACUGAAGAACUAAACAGGGAUGUUACAUGGACUAUAGUGGGAGUAGCGAUGGUCAGAGGUCAGAGAGGGUAUUUUCUGCUGCAGACCUGCUGAGACGCCGUGUGCCAUCUCCGAGUCAUGAGGAGUAGUUAGUUACUGUGACAGACAGUCGCCUUUGUGGACAUAAAUCAGACUUGACAUUAUCUUCACUGCCACAGGCCGGCUGGGAGCUGAACCACAUUCAACCAUAUCAUAGUAGACUAAAAUCUAUUUAUUUUUGUAUCCUUUUGUUUUUGUAUUUUGUCAUUUAUGACAAAAUACAAAUACAUAUACAUAAUAUAUAUAUGACAAAUUCAAUACCUGGAGCCCCUCAGCAAUAUUCAGGACGUGGAAGCAGCGACCUCCAGCCUCAGUUCAACUACACCUUUCAGCUAAACCCCUCUGAACUCAACAUUUAUCAUCUCCCCAGUUUCCAGCCUCAACCUCUACUCGUGUGGCUUCACUUAUUUCAUUCUUUCACCUCCCACAUGCUCGUAAGGUGCUUUUUGUAGAGGGGCAGAGAUGAUGUCCCAAAACCUCUUGCCUCAGUCUUGUUACACAACUUGACCCAAGGAUAACCAUCAGUCCCCCUAGUGGCACUUGUGGACCGACUCAUUCUCAGACACACAGCCUCGCCCCUGGCCUCAGGCAGUAUGGGAGACGGGAGCUGGGUAUGUUUGAGCCCAGCUGAGUUUACCCAGCUGCAGCAGUACAGCGAGUACUCUACAAAGAAGCUAAAGGAUGUGCUGGAGGAGUUUCACGGUGAAGGAGUCCUUUCCAAAUACAAUCCUGAGCAGCCCAUUGACUAUGAGGGCUUCCAGCUCUUCAUGGCCACUUAUCUGGAGAAUGACAUCCCAGAAGAACUGUGUCAGCACCUCUUCACCUCCUUCAAGAGCAAGACAGGAGGCUGCUCUCCUGAUCAGUCUCGUGCAGGAACAAGCUUACUGGGGAUGAACGGGAAAAGCAUCCUGUCUGCAAUGGGUCGACACACGCCGGAGCACUCCAGCGUGAUGAGCACAGCAGGCUCAGGAGCCACCACCUCUCCUUGUUCAUCUCGCUCCUCAUCGCAGCAUUCAGGGACCGGGACCCACACACCUGGGGGGCCCCACCGUUCACCUUGCACCCAGAUCCAAACCUCUGACAGCAGCAGCAAUGCCCUGACCCCCAAUGCUGCUCCUGCCAGGUCCCCAGUCUCCCCCAAACUUUCACCAGAGAGAAGCCACUCUGACAAGCGUUUAUCACUGCGGAGGAGUCCGUCACCCCAGAAGGGCCCCCCCCUGCCGUCGCCCCAGGUGGUCUUCCUCAAGGACAUCGUCUGCUACCUUUCCCUGCUUGAGAGGGGGAUGCCGGAGGACAAGCUGGAGUUCAUGUUCCGGUUGUACGACACAGAUGGCAAUGGGGUUCUGGACAGCUCGGAGCUGGAUCGCAUCAUCAAUCAAAUGGUGCAUGUGGCAGAGUAUCUGGAGUGGGAUUCAACAGAACUACGACCGAUACUGAAGGAGAUGAUGGAAGAGAUCGACUACGACCGAGAUGGGACAGUCACACUGGAAGAGUGGAUCAGAGGAGGACUCACCACUAUCCCUUUACUGGUCCUGCUGGGCAUGGAUACGAAUGUACAGGAAGAUGGGCAGCAUGUUUGGCGUCUGAAGCACUUCAAUAAACCAGCCUACUGUAACUACUGCCAUACCAUGCUGCUUGGAGUUCGCAAGCAGGGCCUCUGCUGCUCCUUAUGCAAGUACACAGUGCACGAACGCUGUGUGUCCAAAGACAUCGCUGCCUGCAUCAGCACCUACGCCAAGUCACGUAGGCACACCAACGCUAUGCAGCAUGUAUGGAUGGAGGGUAACUCUCCUACCAAGUGCGACCGCUGUCACAGAAGCAUCAAGGGUUACCAGGGCCUAACGGGCCUGCACUGUGUGUGGUGUCAGAUCACUCUCCAUAACAAGUGUGCAUCUAAUGUGAAGCCAGAGUGUGAUGGAGGAGCCUUGAGGGACCACACUCUGUUGCCCUCAUACAUCUGCCCUGUUGUCUUGGACCGUCAUUCUGUGGUGAAGCGUGGUGAGGGGGAGUCGCCACCCAGCACCAGCCCUGAUGACACCAAUCAGAUUUUCAAAUUCUCCCCAGGAGAUGGACAAGCUCUGCAGAUCACCCCUCUCCCAGGUACUCAUCCACUCCUGGUCCUGGUCAAUCCCAAGAGUGGAGGGAGACAGGGGGAGCGGGUACUGAGGAAGUUCAGGUACCUACUAAACCCCAGGCAGGUGUACAGUUUGGACCAAGGUGGACCCAUGGUUGGGCUCAACUUUUUCCACGAUGUCCCUGAUUUCCGGGUGCUUGCCUGUGGAGGAGAUGGCACUGUGGGCUGGAUCCUAGACUGUAUAGAUAAGGCCAACUUUGCCAGGCACCCUCCAGUUGCUAUCCUCCCUCUGGGAACAGGGAACGACCUGGCACGCUGCUUACGCUGGGGAGGAGGUUACGAGGGCGGCAACUUGCUGAAGUUCCUUCGGGAUAUCGAGCACAGCACAGAGGUGGUGCUGGACCGCUGGAACAUAGACAUCGUCCCUGACGACAAGGAGGAGAAGGGAGACCCUGUCCCCUACAGCAUCGUCAACAACUACUUCUCCAUUGGAGUGGAUGCCUCCAUCGCCCAUCGCUUUCAUCUGAUGCGGGAAAAGCACCCUGAGAAGUUCAACAGCAGAAUGAAGAACAAGCUCUGGUACUUUGAGUUUGGCACCACUGAGACCAUAUCUGCCACCUGCAAGAAACUUAAUGAAUGCAUAGAGGUUGAGUGUGACGGGAUCAUCUUGGACCUAAGCAACACCUCCUUGGAGGGCAUCGCUGUGCUCAACAUUCCCAGCAUGCAUGGUGGCUCCAACCUGUGGGGAGAAACAAAGAAGAGGAGGAACUACAACCGCAUGAGCAAGAAGGUUCCUGACAGGAUGCCGGCCAGCACCGUCACGGACGCUAAAGAACUCAAGUUUUGCAUGCAGGACUUCAGUGACCAGCUGUUGGAGGUGGUUGGCCUGGAAGGGGCGAUAGAGAUGGGACAGAUCUACACAGGACUGAAGAGUGCAGGACGCAGACUGGCUCAGUGUGCCAACGUUACCAUCAGGACGUCCCGGCGGCUGCCCAUGCAGAUUGAUGGUGAGCCCUGGAUGCAGCCACCCUGUACGAUCAGGAUCACACACAAGAACCAGGUCCCCAUAUUACUGGGCCCACCUCAGAAGACACCGUUCUUUUUCUUCAAGAAACGCAACCGGAGCCGUGACUAGGACACAUACAUGCACACACAAACACCAAAACAUACACAUAUACAGUACAUGCAGUAUAUGCACACACACACAUGCCACCCACUGUAUAGGCAGCUCCAUCAGAUGACUGGUACACCGUUCCCUGGUUGGAGUUCGAAAGUGGGAGUUCAUUAAAAGGAUCACAUCAACAAGUGGAACAUUCCUAAUGUCAGGAUACCUACAGACACUUCAAUCCCAAAGGAACCUGCGGCGAAAAUGAUAUGACUCUCAAUAUACAGUACUGACCUAUUCCUGUGUAACCAUCAUCCUCUAGUCUGUCUCCAAACAUCUGUCCAGCUGUGAAUUUAGCCUCAGCCACAUGCAAGAGCCAAGUCGCCCCCAGCCCAAAAAAAUCAUACACCAGUGCUGCACUGCCUGCUAAACACAACUUUGGUUGCUGGGAUAUCCUUACAGCCCAUGAAUGAAGUAAGGAAAAAGAAAGUGAUAGUCUAUGGAAAGCAGGUUAUAUGAUGAGCUCAGUAAAGAAAGAAAGAGAUCCAACACACUACAGUGAGAAAAAGAAGACGGGACGAGAGGUGGAACGAUUAAAAUGAGAGUGGUGUGGCAGUAACGUGGCUGUUUACAAGGCUGGUGAGCAAGUAGAGUAAGAUCCACCUCUUCGUUAAAACACCUGUAUGAAUAAUGAAACAGCGGUUGCUUGUAAGGACGCGCACUCCAGGGCCUCCCCACAGACUGACAAGACGGUACAGCUGAGGAGAAGAGUAGAAAAGCCUCAUCCAUUAUUGACCUAUUUUGUUUAUGGGUUGAUGGCAGUGGGGCGUAACAGUGGCCUGGAAUUGGUGGAAACAUGCAGGGAUUUUGGCCCCUUAGUAUCACUGGCCUACAAAACAACAUCCUUUAAACCAUACUUAGACUGAUCUGGCCGUAGAGUUCAGGCAGAGGAAGUGCCUGUCCAGUUGCCCACAGUUAUCACUAUAUAAAUUGACCAGAGUCUAGAUUGAAAGUAGAGAUUGGAUGCACUGUAGCUUUCUCAAGAAACAUAAUUGUCCUGGUGGUUUGUGAGCUCUAACACUACCAUCCAGAUCAAAUCUACAACAGUUCCUGUGCACCGUAUGCCAUAGGACACUUCUAACAGGUCAAGGAUUGAAAUAAAUCCCCUCAAGGGAAUCACAGCAGGGCCCCUGGGGUUUUUAUGUACCAGAGCAUUGACAGGGGAACUAAAUUUAUCCCUCUAUUUCAGGGAGGGUCUAUUUCUCCUCCUGUGAAACCCUAUGCCUGAUUACUGUGUCAAACAUCGACUCACAAUGUCAAGUGGGCUGUCAGAGUGCAAAUCCCAGAGCCUGCCCCCUCUGCAAGAUGCUGGGUGGCUUCGGUGCGUUCAUGAUUUGUUUAACUACGCCAAAUAAAGAUGUAAUAGUAAUGGAGGAAACUGACAAGAUAGGAGGAAUUUGUUUUUACCAGAGAUGAUGGAGGAAAUACAAAAUAUAUGCUAGAAAAUAAUUCAGAAACUGUUCAUCAGGAAGCUUAGCUCAGUGUUUAUAAAGAAUGUAUCUAUAUUACUGUCCCCAAAUAUGGCAAAUUAUAUUAUACAGUAUAUGCAGACAGAGUAUAUGUAUAUUUCUGGAAAGUAGGUAGAGCUCACAUAUACUGUACACACGAAUGUGUUUUAAUAUAUCAUUGUUAUUAAUGUGGAAUUCUUAGCUUAGAGGGGCUCAGAUCAGUAUUCAUCACCAUACAGAGCAGCUACAGUCGCUCUCUGAAGGCAGUUUUCCACUUUGUCUAAUUCAGAUUAUUUUAGAUUUAACUUGAGUGUGAAUCAAUUUCUCUCCCCCCAGGAACAUGGAAAAAUUGCAUCAAAAUGACAGAAUGUGUGACAAAAUGAUCUCAACUCAAGGUCCACUGACUAGCUUUUUCAGAGAUUUCAAUGGCAACAACAAGCGUUUGUCAGCAGGUGGAACUGGCUAAAGUGUUGACCUAACUGUGGAACAUCAAGUAACGACAAGUGGUUAGUUACUGUUGAAAGUAGAGCUAUAUUGCAGACAUAUCAGUACUGGGAUAUAUGUCACCCAAUGAGAAACAAGAAAUUACAGUACAGAAAUGUCAAAGAUACAGUAUGAUAGAAGUAAUUCGACAAGACUACAGCCAAGCUAGCAUUCUUACAAUGAUAAUGCUAACAUGCUGAUGUUUAGCAGGUGUAAUGUUUAGUUUCCUGCAGUGUGGGACUUUUGCACAUAAAUGAACGUCCAUUACAUUCAAGCCCUUGCCAAACAAAUUCACACAAUGAUGAUUAAGCCUAUCACCGCCAGAUAAAUCUCUCUGUAUUUCACAGUAUAUAGAAUUUUUAAAUCUUGUGUCGGGCGCGACAUUUCUGCACUGGCCACUUGGCCAUUAAUUGUGCGGCUCUUCUAGACUCUCCAAAUGUUUUUGGACCAAAUGUUAUAGGACCAAAUUCUGACAGUGAGACAAGUCAUUUCGCAGGGGUUGUGUGAUGCUCAAAACAAUUUAACCAAUUUAUCCACCAUUUUACAGCUGCAAAAGUAUGUUAUGGCCAGUGGUGUACUGGCAAAUCCCAGUGGGCUGGUGGACCGUCAAAACAUCUCCGUUUUUACCAGCCCUCUCUGUGUGCCUGUCAUUUGUGGUGCACAUGAGAGUGUGCUACAUGCCUGUGUCAGGCAAUCACAGCUAAGCACCCCCUUUACUCUCACUGCCAGAAGGGGGAAAACAAAAGUCCCAUGCUCCAGCUUUAAGGUUCAGCGUGUUACCAUGCUACAUUUCUUAAUUAUCACUAAACACAAAGUACACCUGAGGCUGAUGGGAAUGUCGUUAGUUUUGCAGGUGCCUGGUUAUAAACCAAAGUAUUGGACAAAUUAAAACCUUGACCUGACGAUGGCACUAGAUGAAAGUCAGGUGAUCACCAAAGUGCUUGCAAUUUAUCCUGGUGGGGACAUGAACUUGUGUACCAAAUUAUAUGGACGUUCAUCCAAUAGUUGUUGAGACAUUCCAGUGUGGACCAAAGUGGUGGACCAACUGACAGACUGACAUUGACAUCCCUAGGGCCAUGCCACAACAUGGCUAAAAACUCUCCAUUACAUAGUUUGUCUGCUAGAGAGCACUGACAAGUUUAUUUUAUUUUUAUUUUUUUUAAAGAAAUAUCAACUUAUAUAUUGUUAUCAGAUUUUUGUAACUCUCAAAUAUGGAUAUAUUUAUAUCAAUAUAUCAACCUCAAAAGUCCAGUAUCAAUCGGGUUGAAAGCUUCUAGAAAGGUAGUACAUGAAGUAUGUGGACCUUGAGUUGAGAUUAUUUUGUCUCACACACUUUUCAGUAAAGAGUACCGAAAAUUAUCUUGAUCUGAACUAAAUGGCACUGAUGUCUCUCAAAAUUCAAAUUCAAAGAGAAGGUAAACAUGUGAAGGUUGAAACACACGGGACCUAUAAAUGAUGUGAGUUAGACGUUUUGGGAAAACUGUCUUGAACCCUGCUGCGAUUUGUUUUUAUUUAUUUUAUUUCAAAAUUUAAUUAGAGGAUAAACCCCUUGAGAUGCACCAUCUCAUUUUCAAGAUGGUCCUCACGCACAAAACAUGGAAGUUAACAAACAUUUAAACAAUAAGUAAAUAAAUACAUAAUAAUAAUGAUGAUGAUGAAUUAAACAAUCCAAUGACAUAAAACAAUCAACAUAGUAACAUCAACAAGGACAUACACAUAAGGGCUCUCCCACCAUCCCAAAGCACUCCUACUAUAUCUGUUACAAGUGUCAUCUGUACAAAAAAUUAACAAGAAAUAAAAUAAAUCAACAGACCAAAUAACAUUAUGUCAAAGUACUGAGUCUACUUAUAAACUAAAAAAUUAAGGUAAAUACAAUUUAAAAACAAGAAUGAGUAGAUUUAAGAUAAACAAGCUAAGAAGUCUUGAAGUCAUGGACAGAAGUAAAUGAUCUGAAUGAGUUCAAUAGUUUGCAUGAGGCAAAUUAUUCCAGCAUGAUGGUGCUUUAAACUUAAAAGCAUGUCUCCCAAUUUCUUUAAAGAUUCUAGGCACAAAAAAGGUUGCUGAGUGUAUCUGAGUGAAUAUGAUGAUCUGAAUGUAAAAGCUGUUUAAGUAUAGAAGAUAGUUAAAGUAAAUGCAUUUGAAAACAAAGAGCAACCAAUGAAAAUGUCUCCUAGAGUGAAGUGAUAGCCAGUUCAGUGUGUCAUACAUGAAACAAUGAUGCGUGUGGUAAGGACACCUUAGGACAAAUCUAUAAAUAUUAUUGUUAACUACAUUUAAAGGAUGAAGAUGUGUCUCAGAGGUGUUCUGGUAUAUGAUAUCACCAUAAUCAAUAAUGGGAAAUAAAAGCUGUUGGACAAUUUGUUUUCUUACUUGGGUAGUAAAACAAUUGAUUGACCAAUAUAGUAUUCUGGGACUAGACUUAUUUUAUUUCUAAUCUUCUAAAAUCAAUAUGAGGCCUGAAAAAAAAAUCAGAAUCAGUCCAAAGUCCCAAGUAUUUAAAUGUAUCAACUUUAUUAAGUGGAGACCCAUCGGUAAAAUUAAUAGCCAACUCAGUAGAUGAACGAUUAAUAUUAUAACUAGUACCAAACAACAUGCUAUAAGACUUCUGCUUGUUUAAUAUGAGAUUGUUAUUUAAAAAGCAUUUUUGGACAUUCUGAUUGCAGAGAGCUUUGAAUUUUAGUUACAUUGGAAUUAGAUGUGCAUAUAAGCGUGUCAUCUGCAUAUAACUGAGCAGAACAAUUUAGAGAAAAGAAAAGAAAAGGUCCUAAAAUAGAUCCUUGUGGUACACCCUUUUCAACAGUUAAAUAAUCUGAUUGAUUGUGACAACAGUUAUGAAGGUAAGUUUUAAACCAAAAUAAUACCUGUUGAGAGACACCCAUAGCAUAAAGUUUAUCUAGAAAAGAUAAUGGUCAACCACAUUGAAAGCCUUGGUUAAAUCAAUAAAGAUGGCACCUGUAAAUUGACCUUUGUCUAAAGAUGAGAAUACAUCAUUGGUAAAUUUGACAAGGGCAGUUGUAGUAGAAAAAUUGGAAUGAAGUAACUUUAGCACAUUUCCAAAUAGAUCGAAAUUUACUAGUUGUUAGGGACAGAUUAAAUAGGUCGUCAAGCCCUUGAGAAGCUAAUUUUAUAAACUUAAUGGGCACAGCCAACAUUAAGGGCAGAAGUAACUUGCAUAAUUUCAGUAGGUAAAAUAUGUCUAAAAGAAAAUGAGCCACUGAUAGUCGAAUUGGUAAUAUGAUGACAAAAGUAAGGUGAAACAAUAGAGAGAUGUAUGUGUUAACGGUGCAGGGCAGAGUGAGACUGGUGAGAUGUUCUGUUGGUACAAACUGAGCUCCAUAAUAGGGUGAGGCUUUGACGCCUUUAUGCCCUGGUUCCCUUUAAAACACACUGAGUAACUGCUCUUGCACCCAGGCCCCAUGAAAACCAAAACAAUGUCUACUGUAUUCUCAUACCAUAUUUAACCAACCUAGAUGUGAUGCUGGGUUCCUCCAAACCGCAGCAAUCCAAACACUGAGAUGUACUUCAGGUUUGUUACAUGUCACUUUCAUCCAUCUCAGUGGUUUAUGUUUAAAAUAUAAUAUCAAACCUUCAUACGACAACAACACUGUGGAGAUAUCACAAGAUUUUGAAAAACGCACAUCACAAACUAAUUUUUCUCCAUUUUUUGUUGUCCUAAUGGAGCCUGGGUGCCAAGAGAGCUCAGUGUGAAAAGAGUGCAUGUUUACAGUAAUUUUACAUUUAUUGAAAGAAUGGUUUUAGACAGCUAUAUUACCAAGUGUAUAUAUUUGUUUAUAAUAUUUUAUCUGAAGUAAACUUACAUCACCGCAUGCCUGCUGAAUCAAACGUAGAGUGAACAAAGGAGAGUGUGGAUCAGACUAUUCAAACUUAUUCUUUGCUUAAAACUCCAUUCAUCAGAUGAAUGGAGAAAACAGGUCACAUUUAUUUAUUUGUUGUGGUUUUGUUUUUUUGGUAGCGUCUUUAUAAUCAUGUGCAAGAAAAAGCAGACGAGCUGUCUUGUUGAGUUAAAAAAGAAAAACAAAGUACAAUUCCCAGAUGAAGUUUAUACCAUUACAACAUCCAUUCGUGAUUUACAGAUGGCUCAAGGGGCAGCAACAUGAACGCCCACGCAGAUCCUGUCUGAGUGAAUUUCCAAUGUGUGUCACAACUCAUGUCUAUUCUUGUCCUUUGAAGUAAUCAAUUGCCUUAACAAAUAAAUGGACCCACUCUGUGCUCACAGCUUUGCACAGGGCUAACACAGAAGACAGAGAAAAGUAGAAUAUAUAUCAGAAUACAAAUCAUCAAAUCACAAAGAAAGGAUGAUUAUUUGUAGCAACAUUUCCAAUAACAUAUCACCCUAAAAAUGACCAAAAAGGAUUUGCUUUACCUGGACUGACCCACAGCAUGGAGACAAACAAAGGGGAGACGAUUUUAUCAAUACUUGGCAACCCACCGGUGUCAUUUUGUGUCAUCCUAGCCUUCAGUUAGCAGCAGACAUUGGUUGCCAUCAGGGUAAAGGACUAUUGUGAUUAGCUGUCAUUGAGCUGACCUUUAUUAGCAAACAAGGGAGGUGAUAUCUGUGUUCAUCUUUGUCUGUGUGUUGAGUUUCCUGAAGCAGGUUAUCUGUAAAGAUAAGGCAACAAAUCCCGUAAAAAAGAUCACAACCAACAAUGUGUUACUCCUCUCAGUAUUUUUCAACUGUGGCUACUGCUCUGACUGUGGCACCCAAACUAAAGCCCCUUUGUUCCUACUGAAUACAUCUUUUAAAAACAGGUCACAUAUAUAUGUGGUUUAAUAUUAAAAAGGCAAAGUAAUUUCUAUAACAGCUGGGUGCUUAAGUCUUUAUCAAACAUCACUCAAACAGGAGUAAGCAGUAAAUUUGUUGGGGACUAUUUUCAGCUGUGUAUUAAUACAUAUUUGGUGCUGUAUUGAGUAUUUCCGGCAGCAGGACAUUGUAUGUGGGAUUUACCCAAAAUAACAUAAACUACAAUGCCCAUGUUCAUCGUAAUGAAGGAAUGUGUCACCCAGUGCAACAAUGUGGCUCAUUGAUGUGUCUGUAAUAGUUUUUGGAUAACAAUGAAGGUCUAUGUCACAGAGGAAUAAGCUGCUGCGUAUCACACUUUGGAUACACAGGCAGUACUUGUUUGAUAGGAUAAAUUCAUUGUUUGUUUUGGUCUUUUCAUGGGAUUUGUUGACAAUACGAAAAAUACAGAAUAUCUUUUGUAUCCUUUAAUCUAUUUCUGCUACUUUUUAAAUAACUUUUAAAUUUUAAAUAUCUUUUAAAAUAUUUUCAAAAAGCAAAUGUAGUUCACCAGUUUCAGUAAAAUUAUAAGAGAAAUCCACCCUCAGACUCUCCAGUAUAUCAAUCUGUGAUGUUCAUUCCAGGAGCUAUUUUGUUCUGAAUUGUGAUCAUGUUACCUUAACCUGCCGUUUACUUAUACUUCAGUUUUAGAUCCUGUGUCUCUGAGAAUAAUGUGUGACAGCACUCAGUAAAGUAACAACAAACUUGUCCUAUUCAGCUGUGGGCUAUAUAUCUAGAUACCAGAGAGGUUAUACAAAACACAUGUGGCUGCAUUGCUCUCUGGUCCACUCAAGCUCUAGUCUCGUCUCUAGUCUACUGCUGAAGGAAAUGUUGGUAUCUCUGCUUCUUUUAUUUCUCCUUGUGUAAUUUAUAAAAGUUAUUUCAAAUUGAUGAGUCAAGAGAGAAGUCCUUGGACUGUGAUUCUGUGGAUCUGGUAUUAAAACUUGCCUCACAUUUCUCUCUGAAAAGACGUAUAUUGUAGUCACACAGGAAAUAUAAUUAUGGGACAUCACGUCAUCUAUCAAUCAUAUUAUUCAUAAUAAAUAAAUAAAUACACCCCCCAAACAAGAAAAAAACAGAAAUACAAUACAUCAAGCAGAUUAGCUGCUUUUUUAACCAGGUUCGAUCUAUUUCUGGUGGAUUUUUGCUUUUUAGGAAUAGUUUGACAUUUUGGGUUUCUUACCAAGAGUUAGAUGAGAUACCACACUAAUGUCUGUAUGUUGAAUAUGGAGCUAAAGCUGGGAAGCAAUUAGCUUAGCUUAGCACAAAGACUGGAAGUUGGGAUACAGCUAGCCUCGCUCUGUCCAAAGGUUGAAUACCCACCUACCCACAAAUCUAAAACUCACAAAUUAACCUGUUGUAUCUUUAUUUAAUCUGAACAUAAACAUAAUGUAAAAAUGACAAUUUGUGGUUUUAGAUAAAGUCACAUGCUGGAACUAUUUCCUGAAGUAUAACAGUUUAGCCAUCUGCAGACAAGACUCCAAAAAGUCACUGCACCCAGCUGUUUUACACCAAGAAAUAGCACACCAUAAAACCACAAAUUAUUAUUUUUACAUUUCUGUUCAUGUACAUAAUAAAAAACAAGAUACAACUUGUUCAUCAGGGAGUUGGUAAGCAUAGUUUUGAACUAGGCUAGCUGCUUCCAGUCUAAGCUAAGCUAAUUGACCACUGGUUAUAGCUGCAAACAUAUGAGAGUGCUAUCGAUCUUUUCAUGUAACCCUAAAAAAAAGUAAAAAAGGAUAUGUCCCAAAAUGUGGAACUAAGGCUUACAUGUUACUGUAUGAUAUUUAAACUCUGGGCUCCUGUGUGAUUUGAAUACAAUCACCACAUUAACCACAUGUUCUCAAAUAGCAGCACUUUCAUUAAUCAACAGAAUCACAGCUAUCUGUUUCCAUCUGCUCCCCCAUGUGGAACUAUCUCAACCCCCUCCCCCCACACUUUGCCUGGCCUGUCCCCCCUCCGAGGCUGGGGUGGUUCUACAGUCCUGACAGUGAUCCUGUUCUCAUCCUGGGACAGAUUAGCAGUAUUGAGUGACAUCAGAGGCACAGAUGCAGCAGAGCCCCGGCAGUGUGUUGUUGCUCUACAUGUACAUUAAACUAUCAAAUCAUAGAAAUAGAGUUUACAGAGACGAUCACACAUCAGAUACUACAUAUCACAAUUGCUCAUUCAUCACACAGCUUCAGGGGAUUAUUACAGAGUAUGAAAAACAAGACAGUUAAUCAAAUUAUCUGAUUUAUAAACUUUAUGUCUGUGGUAUGAGCCCUCUGUUCCCCCUCAGGGUCAGUAUAUGGUAGGGGACUUUCAGCCCAGAGAGGGUCAAGGGCAGCCCAUCCCCCAUGUUGUCCGGGAUGUGAUUGGAUAAAAGAGGUUGAGGAAUCAAUAUGAUCAGCCUCUGCAGUCUACCCUGCGUCUGUCUCCAUGUCACCCUCACUGUUUGGCAUUUUGAUGGACAAAACAUUUUACCAAAUAAAGAGAAGACGUUGAAUAUG